AUUAUAUGUAUACGUAAAGAGAGAGAGGGAGAGAGAGAGAGGGAGUCCCCAUGCACCGUUCUUACGACCAAUCAUUCCUCUCCAACCAAAAGACCAACAAUUGUCUUACUUAAAAUUCUCUCUGUUUCCAACAAUAAUCUCGUUCCUGCUUGAACUUCAAGAAUCUUCAUUCACUUGCAUACAUCUCUUGUUUCCUGGAGAAAAAGAUGACGAAGCCAAAAGACAUGCAGCAAAAUUCUCUUCUUCUAGUUCUUGUUAUGCUUCUCCUCUGUUUUUCAUUCGGUCCGGGUUUGGGUCAACCGGGUCAAAGUGACGAUCUUCAAACUCUUCUCGAAGUGAAGAAGUCUCUCGUCGCAAACGCAGAAGACGAAAAAGUUCUCCGAAACUGGAAUUCAGAUGAUCCCAAAUUCUGCAACUGGACCGGUGUCACGUGCCGUGGUCGUCUCGUCAUCGGUUUAAAUCUCUCUGAUUUUGACUUAACCGGUUCAAUCUCUCCUUCGGUUUGCCGGUUCAGUAACCUAAUCCACCUCGAUCUAUCUUCCAACAGUCUCGUGGGUCCCAUUCCAACUGCUCUCUCCAACCUCUCUUCCUCUCUGGAAACUCUCCAUCUCUUCUCUAACCAACUCACCGGUUCAAUACCGAGUCAACUCGGCUCACUCGUGAACCUCAUGUCGUUAAAACUCGGAGACAACGACCUAACCGGAUCAAUCCCGGACACGUUCGGUAACCUCGUCAACCUCCAGACGCUCGCAUUGGCCAAGUGUAGACUCACCGGUUCAAUACCGAGUCAACUCGGUCGACUCGUUAACCUCCAAGCUUUAAUUGUGCAACAAAACUACCUCGAAGGACCGAUUCCGCCCGAGUUAGGAAACUGCACAAGCCUCGUUUUGUUCACCGCGGCGUUCAAUAGCCUCAACGGAUCGUUACCGGCGGAGCUGAGUCGACUCGUAAACCUCCAGAUACUCAACUUGGGAAACAACAGCUUCUCCGGUGAGAUACCGAGUCAAUUCAGCGAUUUGCGGAAUCUCCAAUACCUUAACUUAGCCGGUAACAGACUUCAAGGUUCGAUUCCGAAGAGACUAACGGGUUUGGAGAAUCUUCAAACCCUUGAUUUGUCUAACAACAAUCUCACCGGAGAGAUACAUGAAGAGUUCUGGAACAUGAACUACCUUGAAGAUUUGGUUCUAGGUAACAACCCUCUCCUCCCUGGCUCAUUACCAAAGAGCUUGUGCUCUAACAACACAUUCUUGAAGCAACUGGUUUUGUCUGGAACUCAACUCUCCGGCGAAAUACCGGCGGAGAUUAGCAAAUGCCAGUCGCUACAAGCGCUUGAUCUGUCGAACAACACGCUCACCGGUCGGAUCCCAGAUUCAUUGUUUAAGCUCGCCGAACUCACGGUUUUAUAUCUUCACAACAAUACCUUGAAGGGCACGUUAUCUCCCUCGGUUUCUAACCUAACGAAUCUACAAGAGCUCGCUCUGUAUCACAAUGACUUGGAGGGGAAGUUACCUAAAGAAAUCGGUUUCCUCAGCAAAUUAGAAGUUCUGUAUCUAUACGAGAACCGGUUUUCUGGUGGAGUCCCGGUCGAGAUUGGGAACUGCACGAGUCUGAAGUCGAUUGAUAUGUUUGGGAAUCGUUUCAGUGGAGAGCUUCCUUCUUCGAUUGGGGGAUUAAAAGACCUUACUCUGCUUCACUUGAGAGAGAACGAGUUCGUUGGUGACAUUCCCGCCACUCUAGGUAACUGUCACAAGCUGACGAUUCUUGAUUUAGCUGAUAACCAGCUCUCGGGUUCGAUUCCCUCCUCGUUCGGGUUCUUGAAGUCGUUGGAACAGUUGCAUCUUUACAACAAUUCUCUUCAGGGGACUCUUCCGAGUUCACUUAUCAACUUGAAGAAUCUCACGAGGAUCAAUUUCUCAAACAAUAAGCUCAAUGGCUCGAUCAGUCCGUUGUGCGGUUCAAUCUCUUAUCUCUCAUUUGAUGUCACAGAUAACGAGUUCCAGGGAGAUUUACCUCUUCAGCUAGGGAAGUCCCCGAGUCUCGACCGGUUAAGGCUAGGGAAGAAUCAGUUCACUGGAAGAAUCCCAUGGACAUUUGGGGAGAUUAGUGCCUUGUCUUUGUUGGAUAUCUCGAGCAACUCUCUGACAGGAAACAUACCGUUAGAGCUUGGUUUGUGCAAGAAUCUGACACACAUUGAUCUCAACGAUAACUUUCUUUCAGGGGCUAUACCUCCAUGGCUUGGGAAGCUUCCACUCUUGGGUGAGCUCAAGCUUUCUUCUAAUCAGUUUACCGGGUCACUCCCUAAGGAGAUUUUCAGCUUAACCAAGCUUCUUGUGCUAUCUCUUGAUGGCAAUUCACUAAACGGUUCGAUCCCACAAGAGAUUGGCAACUUGGAAUCUCUCAAUGUACUUAACCUCGGAAAGAAUCAGAUAUCAGGUCAGCUUCCUUCAGGGAUAGGCAAGCUUAGCAAGCUCUACGAGCUUCGGUUAUCGAGAAACGUCUUGACCGGAGAAAUCCCUGUUGAGAUUGGACAGCUACAAGAUCUUCAAAGUGCUUUGGAUCUCAGCUACAACAACUUUACCGGAGACAUUCCAUCUACGAUCUCGACGUUACGUAAGCUUGAAUCACUUGAUCUGUCUCACAAUCACCUUGUCGGGAAUGUUCCUGGACAGCUCGGAGACAUGAACAGCUUAGUUUAUCUCAACCUCUCUUACAACAGCCUCGAGGGGAAAUUGAAAAAGCCGUUCUCUAAGUGGCAAGCUGAUGCUUUUGUAGGCAAUGCAGGUCUUUGUGGAAGCCCUCUUAGUCAUUGCAAGAACAAGAAGCAGCAAGGUCUUAGCGCGAAAACUGUGGUUAUCAUCUCUGCGAUUUCAUCUUUAGCAGCUAUUGCGUUGAUGGUACUUGUGUUUGUCGUCUUCUUCAAGCAAAAUCUAGCUCUUUUGAAGAAAGGGAGAGGCGGAAACAGCGCAUUCUCAUCGAACUCCUCUUCUUCAGAAGCUCCUCUGUUUAGCCAUGGUGGUGCAAAGUCGGAUAUAAAGUGGGAAGACAUCAUGGAAGCUACGCAUUACCUUGACGACGAGUUCAUGAUUGGAUCAGGAGGGUCGGGAAAAGUUUACAAAGCGGAUUUGAAGAACGGAGAGACCAUUGCUGUGAAGAAGAUUCCUUGGAAAGAUGAUUUGAUGUCAAACAAGAGCUUUAACAGAGAAGUGAAGACCCUUGGAACGAUCAGACACAGACAUUUGGUUAAGCUAAUGGGUUACUGCAGCAGCAAAGCGCAAGGUUUGAAUAUGUUGAUUUAUGAGUACAUGGAGAGUGGAAGCGUCUGGGACUGGCUUCACGCUACGAAGAAAGAGGUUCUUGAUUGGGAAACAAGAUUGAAAAUAGCGGUUGGGUUGGCUCAGGGAGUAGAGUAUCUUCAUUUUGAUUGUGUUCCUCCCAUUGUUCACCGCGAUAUCAAAUCCAGUAAUGUGCUUCUUGAUUCCAACAUGGAAGCACAUUUGGGAGAUUUUGGUCUCGCCAAGAUUCUAACUGAGAAUUGUGACACCAACACAGAAUCAAAUUCUUUGUUUGCAGGCUCUUAUGGCUACAUUGCACCAGAGUAUGCUUACUCGUUGAAGGCAACUGAGAAGAGCGAUGUGUACAGUAUGGGGAUAGUGUUGAUGGAGAUUGUGACUGGUAAAAUGCCAACAGAGGGAGGGUUUGGUGAAGAGACGGAUAUGGUUAGAUGGGUAGAUACAGUUCUCGGUUCUGCAGCGAGAGAGAAGCUGAUUGAUUCAGAGCUUAAACCGCUCUUGCCUUGCCAGGAAGAAGCAGCUUAUCAGGUUCUUGAAAUAGCAGUUCAGUGCACAAAGACUUAUCCUCAGGAGAGACCAUCUUCAAGACAGGCUUGUGACUGUCUUCUCAAUGUCUUCAACAAUAGAGGUGCUGGUUAUAGGGAGAUGCAAAAUGAUUCCCAGAAAUGAUUUGCGUACACAUAUUGGUUUGUGGGUUUGCGCACACAUAUUGGUUUGUGGAUAUCUACUAAGUAAUCGUUAGAAACGUAAGAAAUAAAUGGCUUCAUCGA